GCAUCCAAGUUUGGUCGAUGAGCACGACGUACCUUGGUGUUGACGGUUGAUGACAGCUAGCUUGUUAUUUGAUUCUUAAGAAAUUCGUCGUGUGUAGAGAGAGGAAUUUAGCAGUAAUAGGUACUUCUAGUGCUGCAAGUGGUGGGAUAAAGUCUACCUUCGUUUUCGGUUGUGGACCAAAAAGAGAAUUCAUUCACAGGACAGGCGUCGUCAAAAAUCAUGGAGGAGCAACCACAACCAGGAUCUUCAGCGGGAACGACAGGGGCUGCUGACCCGAAACAGGAGGAACCGUACCGUCUACGAGUGUUGAUGGAGCCUAAAGGAUUCAUUCGCAUCAUUGAAUUUGUUCUAGCUGUGCUCAUGUUUGCAACAACUGCAGGAUACAACGGCAUAUAUUCCUACAAUGUCACUUGCACAGGCUACCUGCACCAAAUGAAAUAUAUGUUUGGUUACCCAUUUGACUUCAAGUCAUUCCCGAUAUUCUGUGAGCCCAACACCUCUGUCACUGAGAUACCCAUACCAGCCUACGUAGGAGGGAAAGCUUCUUUCUUUGUCGCUAUCGGCGUCUUGGCUAUGAUCUACUGCAUCCUAUCCCUCGUCUGGUAUGUGUUUCUGGAGGUCAGGUACUUGACCUUUGACCUUGUACCCGCUGCUGACUUUGUGACAACAGUGGUGUUCAGCGUAUUCUUCUUCUUAUCAGCAUGCAUUUGGGCAUCAGGUGUCAGCACAGUGAAGUACUGGACCACCUUUGAUAAUGUGAAGAAGGAGCUCCUGACUAUACCCUGCAAUACUGCGGGCAACACCUGUGAACAGCAAUCCUUCCCUAACUACGCAUCUAUCAAUAUCUCUGUUGUCUUUGGGUUUCUCAACUGCGUGGUGUGGGCUGGCAAUGGAUGGUUCGUCUUCAAGGAAACUAUGUGGUUCAAGAACAGACAAGCACAGAACCAGCAAACGACUGCUCAGGAUAAACCUGUUAACACCGUCUAGUGUUUCAGUCCCUUUAAAGCCAGCCUCCCCUUGGUAAAAUGCCAACCUCCUUGUAAAAGUUUGUGAAUUGAAACGCUUUGGGUUUCUUUUGCUCAAAUUAUUAAACUUUUGUAAUGUGAGUUAUUUGAACUGCUGGGUGGCAGAAGACUUACAAUGGAUAUGUACAAAGUUAUUGUGUUUUACCCAUAAAUGCUUUAAUAAGGGAAUCAAUGUGUGGUGAAGAGGUUUUCAACUAGUGGUUUAAUCCCAAGGAGGCCUGGUUCUUGAUAAUUUUACCGAGCGUUCCAAAUUCUCCCUUAGAGAAAUGACAAAGUUUGUUUGAGAGUAUGAUUAGAAGUUUUCAUAAUGAUAUCUACUGCCACGCCACCUUGCGUUUCAAAUUUCUCUGUUUAGAGAAAUGAGAAAGUCGUGGCUUGUUCUACAGUAUGAAGAGAACUUGUCUCUGAAAUGUGAAGUAAGACGAAGGCAUCAUGUGUCGCUUCCCAAAAAUUUACCGAGUUUAGCUUUUACACAGAUUUUGAUGUAGUGAACCUCAAGUUGACCUCCUGCAUACACUGCCAUACAUUCAACAAUGGAAAAGGCAUUUGUAAUUGUGUUUGAAUGUUAUGUCUGUAUGUUCAAAACACAGCUUUGACCAAAAGAUGUACAUUGGUGAGGUAAGGAGUUCGGGGUGGAGGUUUAUGAGCAAGUUAGUAAAAAUGAUCGACGGAAUCUAUCAUAUGUAUAUAAGACAUCUGCAGUGUUGUGCAACUAGAUAUCUUUGUAUGAAUAUAUAGGGUUGGUGUCUAUCCUUUGUUGAGCCAAAAGAACUUGAGUUUGCUUUUGAAUCUUGUUUUGCCAACGUCAAAGAUGCUUCAAGAGUCAAUUCAAUUCAAAUCUGUAUUUCUUUGCUCUUAUAUUAUUUGCAUAUAAAUAAACAGGUGAUAAAUUUUUAUUUACUCUUUUGCAAGUUAAUUAGUUGUUUAUUUUUCGAUACUUUCCAGGACUUGUGGGGAAAAUCCACCGGGGUUCUUGGGUAGGAUUUGAACCUGUAACGGUAUAUGCUGGACGUAACCCUGGUGUAUUUACUAACGGUUAAGGCAUCUGCAUUUAAUAAAGCAUAACUGGUAAAGCCACCAAGCAUUCCCUGUGACAACAAGGCAGUCUGAAAGAUACAUGUAGAGAAAUUAUCUGGUAUCACACUUCCCAUGAUGUAGGUCUCAAACCUAAUGCAAAGGUGUUAUCCCCCCCCCCCCCCACCAACCACCAUCUCAGUCAGGUACAAUUAUGACAAACUAAUGAAAAUGCCAAGCUAAGGCUGUAUACGAAAAGGUGGCUUCAGCUACAGCUAGAUCGUGCGUGUCUGCCAAUUCUUCAACACUGGCAGAUGCGCUGAUCUAGCUGUAGCUGUAACCAAAGUUGCUGUUCUGGUACGCAGCCUAAGACUGCAAAGCGCACAGGAUGGGUCAAUCCGCAAUCACCUUGCGAUAUCUACUCAAGGGCAUCCUGAGCUUCUGUGACAUCAUGUGCAUGAUGUUCACUUGAAAGUUGAUUUAGAUUUUAAAGCACUAUUUAGCUAUUAGAGCACUAUUUUUUAGCUAUUAAAGCACUAUAGGCCUAUAGCGAGUGCGUUCUACCUCUGAUGAAAGAAUAUAAUUAUUUAUAUAUCUUCAUAUUUAUUUUGCCGGAUUUAGUCUGCUUCUAUAAAUAGUAAUGUUACAUGACCUUUCAGUCAGUGCUCAAGUUAUUGUAAGGGUUAUUCAUUCACUUUUCACUGAGGCCUCCGACCUAUAGAUGUGUUUCCACUGUAUACACAAUACAUCAGGCCUGUAUGCUUCGUUAUUGAAAGGGCAAGGGCACCAAAACAAUUUCUCCUUGGUGAAGGGCACCACCCU